AUGGCAAUCUUAAUUUUGGAUACAAGACUGAAAGGACAGCCAGGACCGCCAGGGGCACAAGGACCUCAAGGAGCACAGGAAGCCCAAGGGAUUCCGGGUACCGCUGCCACGAAAGGUGAUCCAGGACCUCAAGAACCACAAGGACCUCCAGGACCAACAGGUCCAUCGAGCCCUGCAGGCUCGAGAGGACCACCAGGUCGAGACGGUCCCAUAGGUCCUGCAGGUCCAACAGGAAAAGAAAGAACACAAGGACCGUACGGAUCUCAAGGACAACAAGGACCACAUGGACCACAAGGCAUCCCUGGUACCGCUGCGGCGAAAGGUGAUCCCGGACCUCAGGGACCACAAGGCCCACCAGGACAGCAAGGACUUACAGGACAGUGA